AUGCAGACAAAGGGGCCCCUAAUGUGGACAAGAAAGACCCUGCUGCUCAGCAUCCUCUGGGUCUCUGCAUACUUGCCUCUCCAAGGUGUCUCCUUGCCCCAGCGUCUCCCAGGGGCCACAGGAAAUAGCACCCAGUGUGUUGUGUCUCCGUCAUGGGAGUUUCCUGAAGGGUUUUUCACGAAACAGGAGAGUACAGAUGGGGGCUUCAUAAUCUACUUCCUAGUCAUCCUUUACAUGUUCAUGGCUGUGUCCAUUGUCUGUGACAACUACUUCUUGCCAGCGCUGGAAAUUGUUAGCGAAUCCCUUGGACUGUCUCAAGAUGUUGCAGGUGCAACUUUCAUGGCAGCGGGUAGCUCUGCUCCUGAACUGGUUACUGCUUUCCUAGGUGUAUUUGUCACAAAGGGAGAUAUUGGCAUCAGCACCAUUCUAGGAUCUGCAAUUUAUAACCUCCUUGGCAUUUGUGCAGCCUGUGGCUUGCUAUCUAAUGUGGUUUCAACACUAUCAUGUUGGCCCUUAUUCAGAGACUGUACAGCAUAUGCAAUUAGUGUAGGAGCGGUUUUUGGCAUAAUAUAUGACAACCAAGUUUACUGGUAUGAAGGAACUCUGCUGCUGUUGGUAUACGGGUUCUAUGUUUUGCUGCUAUGUUUUGACAUUAAAAUUAACCAAUAUAUUAUAAAGAAAUGCAAUUUCUGCUGUCCCUGUCUUGGCAAAGCCAUGGAAGAGAGAGACGAACAAGAGACACUGCUGGGGUGGGAUGAGGAGGGUCAGCUGUCCACUCGUCGGCAGUCCCGAACAGACAGCGGAAUAUUCCAUGAAGAUUCUGGUUACUCCCAGCUUUCUAUAAGCUUCCACGGUCUAGAUCAGGUUACUGAAGAUCCACCAAGUGUUUUCAAAAUGCCUGAAGCAGACUUAAAAAGAAUUUUUUGGGUAUUAUCUCUUCCUAUUAUUACAGUACUUUUUCUGACAACACCAGAUUGUAGAAGAAAGUUUUGGAAAAGCUACUUUGUGAUAACCUUUUUUAUGUCUGCACUAUGGAUAUCUGCAUUUACAUAUGUCCUGGUUUGGAUGGUCACAAUAACUGGAGAAACACUAGAAAUUCCAGACACAAUAAUGGGCCUCACUCUACUGGCAGCAGGAACAAGCAUACCAGACACAAUUUCAAGUGUGCUAGUUGCAAGAAAAGGUAAAGGAGAUAUGGCAAUGUCUAACAUUGUGGGAUCUAAUGUGUUUGAUAUGCUAUGCCUAGGUCUUCCCUGGUUUAUUAAAACUGCAUUUGCAAAUACAUCAAAUCCUAUAGAAGUGAACAGCAAAGGACUCACUUAUAUAACCAUCUCUCUCAACAUUUCAAUUAUUUUUCUGUUUCUAGCAGUUCAUUUUAAUGGCUGGAAAUUAGACAGAAAGUUGGGAGUAGUGUGCCUAUUAUUAUACUUGGUACUUGCUACAUUAUCAGUUCUAUAUGAACUUGGAAUUAUUGGAAAUAACAGAAUACAGGGGUGUGGAAUUUGAUAUUAACAGUGUUAACUAGAAAAUGUGGAUGGAGAAG